AUAGGUUUUAUCUAACUGGACAUAAUUUAAUAAAACACCGGUAAACCGCCAUCUUAGCUGAAAAAGAAACAAAAAAACAUGGAUGAUGAUGGCUGUGUUGUGAGACUUCGGGGAUUGCCUUGGUCAGCAACAAAUGAUGACAUUGUCAGCUUCUUUGGACCCUCUGUAAAUAUUGUUCCGAAUGGGGUUCAUUUCACAUUCUCUGGGGAGGGAAGACCAAGUGGAGAGUCUUUUGUUGAGCUCCAGAGUCCUUCAGAUGUAGAGGCCGCACUAACAAGACACAAAGAUCACAUGGGACAAAGAUACAUUGAAGUGUUCCGUUCAAAGCAAAGUGAGAUGGACUGGGUGGUGAAGAGAUCUGGUCGGAACCAACCACAGUCCCGGGAUGCCGUCUUGAGGCUUCGUGGUCUGCCAUUUGGCUGCUCCAAGGAAGAAAUAAUGCAGUUCUUCUCCGGCUUGGAGAUAGUGCCCAAUGGGAUAAUGCUACAGGAAGAUCGGAUGGGGAGAGCUACUGGGGAGGCCUACGUACAAUUUGCGAGCUCUGACAUUGCGGAGAAAGCCCUGCUCAAGCAUAAAGAACGAAUUGGGCACAGAUAUAUUGAGAUCUUCAACAGCAGCCUAAAUGAGGCUACGGCUUGUAUUGGUUAUCCGAAGCCUCGUCCCCUGAUAGGCCCAGGGAUGGCAGCUGCCCGACCAGGCCCUUACAACAGGAACCAAAACAUGGGCAACAACAUGGGCAUGUCUGGGGGCUAUGGCAGGGGCCGAGGUCGCAAUCUCAAAGGGUUUUAUGACUAUGAUGAUGACUAUGAGGAUGAUAUGGGGUUUGGCGGUGUUGGCGGAGGCAUUGGCGGUGGGAUGGGUGGAGGGCGGAUGGGCAUGAACAACAUGGGCGGAGGUGGUGGUGGAGGAGGCGGAGGUACGUAUUCAUGUAGAGGGAUGGGUAUGGGUGGAAUGAACCGGCGUGGAAACCUGCGACAACAGCAGAGGAUGGUUGGUCGUUCUGGUGGUGGAGACCAGAUGAGCCCCAUGGGGGGUGGGGCCAUGCAGGGAGGCUUCGGGUCAACGUACGUGAGCAAGACGGGCCACUCAGUACACAUGAGAGGCCUCCCCUUCCAGGCUGACAACCAGGAUGUAGCUGAUUUUUUCUCGCCGCUGGUUCCGGUGAAGGUAGAGUUUGAGUACAACGCCCAAGGCAAGCCAACGGGCGAGGCCAAUGUGGACUUCUCCACCCACCAGGAGGCCAAGGAAGCCAUGAAGAAACACAAGGCAAACAUGCAGCACCGUUAUAUUGAGUUGUUCCUGAACUCUGUGCCUGGUAACCGUAGUGACGGUAUGUACGGUAACGAUGGGGGAUUUGCAGGGGAUGAGGAUAUGGAGAUGAUGGGCGGGGGCAUGCAGGGCAACAUGAUGAGGAAAGGAAACAUGGGUGGUUGGGGCGGUGGUGGAGGCGGCAUGAAGAUGGAUGGAGGCGGUGGGUAUAACAACAUGGGCGGGGGCAUGCGUAACAGGAUGAACAACCCAAACUACACAGCCUUCUGAGAUGGAAAACAAAUGGAUUAAAUGAACAAUUAAUGGUUUUUCUUUUAAUGGAAAAUCACAUGCCCUGAAUUCCAUGUACAGUAAAAAUGAUGAUGAUAUUAAAACUGUUGCUGGCCUAUUAUGUUAAGAUUCAUUUGUGAAUAUCUCACUCACUGGGGAAGGAACUGUUUUCAGGGUCAUAUAAAACUCAUUUAUAUGAUAUUUCACUUUCAUUAGGAUUUCUCAUUAUGAAGAUUUAUUCAUUUUAUGGCUUAAUUUCAGAACUUCUGUUAAUGAUUGAUUUCUUUUUUCUUUGACUACAACUUUAUUUUAUCCUAACAGACUUUAUGCAUCUGUUUCAUACAGAAUAGUUUUAUAUGCUUUUACUGUUCCAUUUUCCAUUUCUCCCAUGACUGUGACUUUGUGAUGGUUUUUGUCAUGUUAUGUACUGUAAUUAUCUCAAGAAUAAAUACCAUCAAAACUG